UGUGCGGCACACUCGCUUGGUGCUUGUUUGUGCACGGCGUAGAAAAUGAGCGACUUCCAACCUUUCGCGCUGUCGGCCGAGAUGCUGGGCCACGAGGGUCCGGUGAGGGCUGUGCAGGCCCUCCUUGACGGACGGCUGGCAUCGGCCUCCCAAGACCACACCGCCAGACUGUGGACCCCAAAGGACGGAAAGAGCGAGGGGGGCGGCGGAGUGUACUACGACAUCGGAGAGACCCUUGCGGACCACAACCACUGGGUCGUCUCCCUCGCCGCCCUUCCGCCGGGGAUAGUCCCCGAGUGUCCCCAGGGGGGCCUCGUGACCGGGUGCUUGGACAAGCUCGUCAGGGUGUACGACCACCAGGGAAAGCAGCAGCGGAUGCUCCAGGGCCACGAGGGCGGUGUCAUUUCUUUCAGCUGGACAGCGGCCGGCCAGCUCAUCAGCGGGAGCUGGGACGGCACGGCGAAGGUCUGGGACGUGGCGGGAGGGGUUUGCGUGUUCACCCUCGGAGGGCACGAGAACGGAGUGUGCGUGCUCGGCUUGCCGGACGGAAAGGUGGCGACUGGCUCGACGGGGCGCCAAGACAGCGGUCAGGUGGUUGACUUCCAGAUCCGCAUCUGGAGCGAGACUGGGCAGCAGAUCAAGACCCUCAGGGAUCACUCGGGCCCCGUCCGGUCGUUGGACCUUGCCCCCGGGAUGGGGUUCUUGUCUACCUCUAACGACGGAAGCGCCAGGCUUUGGUCGUUGGACGGCACCCCCCUGGCGACGAUGCCUCACCCGGCCACGAGGGAGGGGCAGCCGGCCUUCGUGCUGCAGGGAUGCGUUCUGACCGGCGACGGCGGGGAGUCCGUGAGCGUUGACGAGAGCGGUGGGUGCAUCGUCUGGAGGGGGUCGGAGAGGGGCCAGUCUAUCCCGCACCCCUCGGGGCUGUGGUGCGUCUGCGCUCUUCCGAACGGGGACUUCGCCACUGGUUGCCAGGACCACGUCGUGAGGGUGUGGACCAGAGCACCGGAGCGCGCGGCGCCCGCAGAGGUGGCGCAAGCGUUCGAUCAGUCGGUCAUCGAUGGACAGACCAAGACCAAGCAGGGGCCAAGCGCGGUGGAGAUCGCGGCCCUACCCAAGUGGGAAGAGCAGCACGCCACCCGAGGGAAGUCGGAGGGGCAGGUACAGGUGUUCCAGAGGGCCGGGAAGGCGAUAGCUGCGCAGUGGAGCGCGGCGUCGUCGACGUGGAUCGAGGUCGGGGAGGUAAUGGGAGCUAGCGAGGCUGGUCAGGUGGACGGAGAGACGUUCGACAGGGUGUACCCCAUCGAGGUGGAGGGGGUCGGCGGAGCGGUCCGCAAGCUGCAGAUCGGGUACAACAACGGGCAGAACCCCUUCGUGGCGGCGCAGAACUUCAUCGACAAGAACGAGCUGCCGCAGAGUUACCUCAACGAGAUCGCCGACCACCUGACGAAGAGAGCGGGAGAGAGCGCGCCUACGAUCGGCAUGGACGCUGGCGCAGCAGGCGCGGCGGCAGCGGCCGGUUUCAGCGGCGUCGGCGACCCCACCGGCUUCGCGAACGCCGCGCCGCCGCCGCCGGGGCUGAGGGGGGGGGCGGGCGCGGCUUCGGGGGUGGGGGGGGGGCACUUCCCCGUGACCACCUACGCGACGUUCGAGACAGGGGUGCUGUCGAAGGUGGAAGGCAAGAUACGAGAGCUGAAUGCCGGGCUUCCGGAAGGGGUGAAGAUGUCAGAGAGCGAGUCGGCGUCGCUGGGAUCACUGUCGGCUACCCUCGCGGCAAGCAGCAGAUAUCACAUCUCCAAGAUCGCGCCGCAAGAGCUGGCUCUGCUGGCGCGGCUUGUGUCGGGUUGGCCGGUCGACAAGUGUUUCCCUUGCAUCGACCUGUGCCGACUAGCGGCACUCCACCCUCAUUUCGCGGAGGUGCUCGCUCUUGCCGAGACCGGGGGCAGUGGCGGCGGCGGAGGUCUGAUCAAGGCGGUGGCAGACAAGCUCGGCGAAGGGAAGGGUUUGAUGCCGGUGGUCCUGUGCGGGCUGCGUUUUUUUAGCAACCUCUUCCGGCACCGAUCAUCCAAGAAGGUUGUUCUUGGACACGCUUCGACGAUUCUGGACGCUGCUUCGGACCAGGCGGACGGCGGCGGGGUGGAUAACAAGACGGUCAAGCUCGCCCUCGCCACCCUCUUCCUCAACCUCGCCGUGGCGUCCCACCAGGAGGCCCUGACGGCGGGCCUCGGGGACGCCUACCAGCAGCUGGUGGCGCUCUACUCGGAGGUGCUGGGCGGGGCGACGGCGGCCUUUGGUGACGACGCGUUGUACCGGUCGCUCGCGGGUCUCGGCACUCUGGUAACGGCGGGACCGGUUGUGCUGCAGGUUGCGAAGGACUUGGAUAUGGCAGAUACGGUCAAGGCGGCUCAGGAAGGGAGAACUGAUCCAAUUGUGGUGCAGUGCGCCAAGGCGCUUCUGGCCGUGCUACGCUGAGCGACGACAACAAAAGACGGAGAGAUCAUGGCGGGGUCUUGGAGCGAAGGGUUUUGGUUGUCGGUGGUUUGUGCGGAGAGAAGAGACGACGGCCGAGUUUUGUCGACACCAGCGGUAGUUGGAUUUCCGCACAUGUGUUUUGGUAGACCGUGUUGGCAGGCUUGAGGCAACAGCUCUUUCAUGGGGUGGGUCUAUUGGGCAAAAGGUGCACCACCCGCCCUUUUGGUUCCGUUCCGCUGCCGACAUCCAUUCGUAGAACAUGCAGCGCAAGAGAGC